CAGAGCAGUAGCUCUGUUUGUCCGGCAUGAGAUCUGCGUUGUUCUUUGAGUCCCCUAACAUCAUGUAAUAGCGUUCGUUCUUAAAAUACUAACAACCAAAGUGAGAAUAUAUGUGCAAAUUGGGCGAAUGUAGGUCAAAUCAAGCUGGUGUUAUUUUGGAAAGAUAUUGGGUCAAUUGACUAACUACAUUUAACUACUAACUACAUUAUGUGACAUCACAAAAAAAAACUCUGCCGGCAAGUGAAAUUUGCUCUGCGUUCUUUUUUCCUCUCAUGUUGGUCUCUUUUCGCCGCCAGACAACAUGAACGUGUCCGACUCCUGGCGCGUCGGAGAGUCUUCGGCUCCAGCGUUGGAGAUGUCAGAGAGGCCGAACGCGCCGGACGCACGGGAGCGGAGCGCACAGCUGGACGUUACCGCGCCACCGGCGAUCGCUCAGCGCAGAACCUCUCACCUGUACGGCUACGGACACCGGAUGUCCGUGUACAGCACUACGCGACCCGUCCUUACCCGGGCUUACCUUCAAGGACAGGUGUACAACUUUCUAGAAAGACCGUCGGGAUGGAAAUGCUUUGUGUAUCACUUUACAGUGUUUUUGAUUGUUCUAUCUUGCCUGAUCCUCAGCGUACUGUCCACUAUUGACCAGUAUCAGGAUCUGGCCCAAGAUACACUUUUCUGGGUGGAAAUAGUGUUGGUGGUAUUUUUCGGAGUGGAGUAUGUGGUGAGGCUGUGGUCUGCAGGAUGCCGCAGUAAAUAUGUGGGUAUUCUGGGGAGGCUCCGCUUCGCAAGAAAGCCCAUCUCUAUCAUUGACUUAAUUGUGGUAGUGGCCUCUGUCAUUGUUCUUUCAGUAGGCUCUAAUGGGCAGGUUUUUGCUACGUCUGCUGUCAGAGGCAUUCGCUUUUUGCAGAUCCUACGAAUGCUGCAUGUGGAUCGACAGGGAGGAACUUGGAGGUUGCUCGGCUCUGUGGUCUUCAUCCAUCGCCAAGAACUGAUCACCACACUCUAUAUUGGAUUCUUGGGUCUGAUCUUCUGCUCGUACUUUGUGUACCUGGCAGAAAAGGACGCAGUGGACAGCAGUGGAAUAACUGAAUUUUCCAGCUAUGCUGAUGCACUGUGGUGGGGAGUGGUGACUGUGACCACCAUUGGAUAUGGGGAUAAAGUGCCACAGACUUGGAUAGGGAAAACUAUUGGCUCCUGUUUUGCCGUCUUUGCUAUGUCCUUCUUUGCUUUGCCUGCUGGCAUUCUAGGUUCAGGCUUUGCCCUGAAAGUCCAGCAGAAACAGAGACAGAAGCACUUCAACAGGCAAAUUCCUGCUGCUGCCUGCCUUAUACAGACGUCUUGGAGAUGCUUUGCAGUAGAAAACCCAGACUCUUCCACCUAUAAGAUGUUUGUGAGAAAGAAGCAUAUGUCGUCGAGUCACACAGCAUUCAGUCCUAAGGUUAAAAAAUCUGUGAAAAUGAGAAGAAAGAUGAAGUCCAUUGACAAAGACAAUGGUCCAAGCUCUCCUACAAUUCCUACAAUCACCUUUGAUUCUGUGUUUGAUGAUGGCCGAGACCAAAGUCAGGAUACAGUGUACAGUACUGAAACUUCCGAACGACAGCAGUCCUGGACCUCUAUAACCUCCUUCCAGUUCUCCCCUCCUCCAGUACAGCAAAGCUCAGAGUUUUUGGAGGUUCAACCACGUCCUCCAUUGCAGAGGAUCAACAGUUUUGCAGAUGACCUGGAAAUGGAACCAGAGAGAGACAUCUUUCUCCUUCCUGUCUCUCAUGUGUCAGAAUUGCGAGAAACCCACCGGGCAGCUAUUAAAGUGAUCCAGAGAAUGCGCUAUUUUGUGGCCAAAAAAAGGUUCCAGCAAGCACGUAAACCAUAUGAUGUCAGAGAUGUAAUCGAGCAGUAUUCUCAAGGCCAUGUCAACCUCAUGGUGCGAAUCAAGGAGCUGCAGAGGAGGCUGGAUCAGAGUUUGGGAAAACUGUCCUUGUUCCAGACAAGCUCAGAGAGAGCUAGAGAUAGAGGCACAAAUACAAUUGGCUCCAGACUCAAAAGGAUGGAGGACAAGAUCAUACACAUGGACAAGACACUAAACCUCAUUGUGGACUCUAUGAACCUCCUUCUGAAGAGGGAGAGUGAUGUGAGCAGUGUGGCAGGAGCAGCACAUUGUGAAAGGGCCCACACGCUAACACGCGACCUUAGUCUACCCACAUAUGACCAGCUCUCAACCCCAUGUCCAUCUGCCCUUGAGGACAGCUCCUGAGCUGAAGCAGCCAACAAACAACUGAAUCAAGUGCCUUGUGUGGGGUGAGCUGUAGAAGAGUAGACACAGACAAAAGAACACUGAAUCUGUGCUUAAGUUUGAUCAGAUUUUCUCAGGUGGACCAAUCAUAACUCAUAAAAGUCACUUGUAAGAGGAAUUUAAAAAGAUGUAAUCUCUCAUGCACACUGUAUGACAUAGAUUACCUUUUAGGCUUGGUGUGUUUACUGUAUAAGGAAAAAUAUGUGAGUUCAUUUUUGAUUAAUCCAAUUUCUUCAUAUGCUUAUUAAAAUAAAAUCAGUUUUGAUGCAAGGUAUGGGGAUGCUUAUGGCAAGCUAUGCACAUCCAAAUGGUUGCAUAAAUAUUUAUUAGAUCCAGUCAUAUGGGGUGGUUUUGCAAUCUGUACAUUUGAAAUCUAGUUUAUUUAUUAAGUCAUGUAUACAUUGAUUCAAAAAUGCAUACAUGCAUAAUUGUACUGAUUUUAUUUCACAUUCAAGUAUUAGUGUUUUUCAUAUAAUGAGCCAAGUGUUAUUUACUGGUAUAUUCCAGAAGCAACAUUGCUAAAUCCUUUUUUUUUUUUUUUUGAUUUUUAUACAUGCCUUUUUUCUGUUCUCAUAAAAUAAAUAUUUACCAUCA